GACUCGGACGGUGGUGAAACUCUCUCGGGCAUCUCGAAUUGUCCUCGUCUAGCAUCUGGACGGAGUUGUAUCAUAAGGGGAGGUGUUAGGUGUGACUCCUAAGUUAACGGGGAAGUUGACGUUUGGCUUUCGGGGACGUGAAGUUGGAAAGUUUAACCAAAGCAACUGUUACUCCUCCAUUCGGAGCGGAGGAAGCAGAGCCGGCGGCGACGUGGAGUGAGUGGAGAAGGUAGAAACAGCAGCCCGGCUAUCCGCCCGCCCUCCUGAGCGUGCUGCGUGAUGGGGAAGCAGAACAGCAAGCUGCGGCCCGAGGUCCUGAACGACCUGAGAGAGAACACAGAGUUCACCGACCACGAGCUCCAGGAGUGGUACCGCGGCUUCCUCAAGGACUGCCCGACCGGCCACCUCACAGUGGAGGAGUUCAAGAAGAUCUACGCCAACUUCUUCCCCUACGGAGAUGCCUCCAAGUUUGCAGAGCACGUCUUCCGCACGUUUGACACCAACGGAGAUGCCACCAUCGACUUCAGGGAGUUCAUCAUCGCCCUGAGCGUGACAUCUCGUGGCGGGUUGGAGCAGAAGCUGCGCUGGGCCUUCAGCAUGUACGACUUGGAUGGGAAUGGGUACAUCAGCCGGGCAGAGAUGCUGGAGAUAGUUCAGGCCAUUUAUAAGAUGGUCUCCUCAGUGAUGAAGAUGCCUGAGGACGAAUCAACACCGGAGAAAAGGACGGAUAAGAUCUUCAGACAGAUGGACAUUGACAAUGAUGGUAAAUUGUCUUUGGAGGAGUUCAUUAAAGGUGCCAAGAGCGACCCGUCCAUUGUCCGACUGCUGCAGUCGGAUCAGGGAGCCUCUCGUCAGUUCUGAGGAGUGACAAUAACAGACACACUCUCCAAAACACAAUCACAAACCCACAACUACCGGUCGGUCAGCAUCAAAACUCACUCAGACAAUCCUUUCAUUUUAAACGCAGUCAUUGUCUUAUCGUUUACAUUAGUGGGCAAUUCUCUCUCGUCAAUGUGGCUCCUUUAGUCGAGAUAUUUUCUGUUUAUGCUUUUCCAAAACUAUCUUGCCUUGAAAUGGUUUUGACCCGUUCUCCAUAAGUGAAGUGCCAUAUAUUUAUACUGACUGGAUUCUUUGGCUCGCAAGUAUUAUGAAUCCCAUUAUGUUACACCAGGAGAAAACUAAUGACAUCCCUCCUUAUGAUUUGAUUCACCUUAACCGUGCUGAAAAGUGGCUUAUGCGUUUCACGAUGUCAACUGUAGCUUCACAAGUUGCUCUUCUGAACAACCUCGAUAUGCCUUUGGUAUUGCAUGCGCCCGGUGAUAUACGUUUUCUGACAUUGUUACAGUUUGUGAAUAAUGAGGCUGUGAUUGUUUUUAUUCCUUUUUAUUUUUGUAACAAACAUUUUGUUUUCACACAAUUGAAAUAAAAGUCGUGUAAGAAAAAUCUACACAAGUCCCACAGUAUCCUCUUGUGGACAGACAUGAAAAUAUAAAGAGUCACAUAAGGUU